CUGCUCAAUGAUAUUCUAUUUGAGUAUUUCAUCAGUGUUUCUGCUGAUAAAAUUCAUUAGAUUAAUUUAAAUUUAAAAACAAGUGCUUGAACAGUGUAGGUUUUGUUAUUUUGAGAAGUUUUCAUUUAGGCCGACAAUAGGACACUUUCUUUUGUCAAAGAACCAACGUUUUCGGGUAGGAAUAAGCCGUCUUUCUUGCGUUUCUAAAUAUAAAUAAUGGUCCCAAUUACUACCUUUCUAAAACAAUAAUUAGAGCAAUUUUGUAUAGAGCGGUUUUAUAAAAUAUUUACGAUGGAAUCGUCCAAUAAAAACGAAUUAAUGGAGCCGCCACAGUAUGGUUUAAAAUUACCCCUUAAUCAUGAGUUUCCUCUUCAAAGCAAGCAAAUUAUUAUACCCAGACCGAAGCAAAUCUUUGAAAUGAUGCCUCUCACUGCAAGGUAUUUUAAAUAUUAUGUGUCAAAGAGGUUGCAGAAGAAACGACCUAUAAUGGAUUAUGUUCAUAUGAUAUCGGCUCAGAGAAUUUAUGGUUGUCCCAUUGGAGGUAUAGGUGGAGGGACUAUUGGUAGAGGCUUCAAAGGGGAGUUUUGCAGGUUUCAACUGAACCCUGGUCUAUACGAAUAUGUCACUGUGCCUGAGUGCCAGUUCAUUGUGAACAUACAGAAUGACAAACACGAGACUAUAUUUCAGUCUGUUUUGUCUACCUACAGUAAGCCAAAAAAAGCACCUCAAUCUUGGGAGUGGAACUUGAAUGGGUCGGAAUGUGAAUACACAGCUUUGUAUCCCCGAGCCUGGACCACUUAUGAUCUAUCCAAACAUGGCAUUAAGUUAAUAUGUCGUCAAAUUUCACCUGUGAUACCUCAUAAUUAUAAGGACUCUAGUUUGCCAUGUGCUGUUUUUGUAUUUUCUGCUGUGAAUGUGUGCAAGGAACACCGGGAUGUGAAUAUUACAUUCACUUGGACUGAGGUGCUGGCUGGGGACAACAAAAAGAAAACAUUGGCUAAACUUGACCUGGAAAGAUAUUCUGAGGAGUACACAUGUGGAGUUACUUUAGAACAGAGAGUAGCAGACGCGCCCUGCACCUUCACACUCGCUAAGAGAAAGCGGGACACGGAGACCAUCCACGAAUCAUACUGUCUGUGGAACUCCACAAGAACAUCCAACUAUGUAUGGGAUUGUCUGAAGAAGAAUGGAAAGCUGCAUCCAGAUCCUAGCCAAAUGCCAAACGCACCUAAGGUUAACGAAAAAACAAAUAAGGAAAACAAAAACGAGGAAAAAGAAAAGCAGAAAAAGAUACAUAAAUGUGAUUCUAUAGCACUAUCGAGUACAAUUUCGUUGGACCCGGGAGGAAGUGAUUCAACAGAGUUCUGCCUUGUAUGGGACAUGCCCAUUGUUAAAUAUAAGAAAGAUAAGAAAAUACACAAAAGAUAUUACACAAAAUAUUUUGGCAGCGAUGGCAUCGCCGGCCCUAGUAUAGCAGCCUAUGCGCUUAAGAAUUAUAAAAAUUGGGAAAAACAACUUGCAGAGUGGCAAGACCCUAUUCUAAAUAACAGCAAUAUACCAGACUGGUUAAAAAGUGCCUUAAUGAACGAGCUUUAUUUCGUCGCGGACGGCGGGACCAUUUGGUUCGACGUUCAAGAUGAAUACCCUGAGACUGACCCUAGACAUGAUUUUGGUGUAUUUGGUUAUCUGGAGGGCCACGAGUACAGAAUGUAUAAUACUUACGACGUACACUUCUAUGCGUCCUUCGCUUUAGCACAACUCUGGCCUAACUUACAGGUGGUACUACAAUACAUGUUCCUCGAUUCCAUUACUGUCGAAGAGAAGAAGGUGCGAAAAUCUCUAUACGACGGCAAAGUCGUCAAGUACAAAAUCAAAAACUCCAUCCCGCACGAUUUAGGAGAUCCAGCCGAUAUGCCGUUCACGCACAUCAACGCGUACAACAUACACGAUGUGUCACAGUGGCGGGAUUUGAACCUCAAGUUCAUACUGCAGGUGAUGAGAGACUACCGCUUGCUGCAGGGACACAGUGCACCCUUCAGUAAUGACAGGUACGAUUCGAUGGCGUAUAUCGACGACGUGAGAGAGGGAGCGGAGAACGACUUGUAUUCGAGAAGUACGGGCCAGGAGGACGACAUGGACAGAUCCGGCGAGCAGUUCGACUACUCGUCGACCGAACAGUCUAACACGACGAAACCUAACGGAGUCAAUGAUAUCUUGGAGCUGCUAUACAGCGCGACGCCAGAGGGCGGGGACGAGGCGGUGUGCGGCGAGGAAGUGGGCGGGGCGCGGGUGUGGGGCGCGCGCCGCUACCUCGCCGACAUGUACGCCGCGUGCGCCGCGCUGCUCCGCCGGGCGCGUCUCUUUGACCGCGACAGCGACGGCCUCAUAGAGAACAGCGGCCUGCCCGAUCAGACGUAUGACGCCUGGGUCAUGACUGGGCCCAGUGCGUACUGCGGAGGGCUCUGGGUAGCUUCUAUAAGUGUGGUAGCCGCUAUGGCUCGGAUACUCGGCUUUGAAGAGGACGAGAAAGAGUUCUCGAAAAUGCUGGAAGAAGCGCGCAACUCCUUCGAAGAGAAACUUUGGAAUGGGUCGUUUUAUCGAUUUGAUACAAAACCGAGCAAUAACAAUGUGGUGAUGGCAGAUCAGUUGGCCGGUCAUUGGUUCCUAAGGGCGUCCGGCUGGACGGAGCCGGUGUUUCCCGAUGUCAACGUGAAGAAAGCUCUUCAGUGUAUAUACGAGAACAACGUAUUGCGGUUCAUGGACGGACGGAUGGGCGCCGUCAACGGGUUCCGUGCGGGGGGCAGGACAGAUACCACGGCCCUGCAGAGCGAGGAGGUGUGGACAGGGGUUACUUAUGCUGUGGCCGCGCUCAUGAUACAUGAAGGCAUGUAUGAGCAAGCCUUCGUGACUGCCGGCGGGCUAUGCAAUACACUAAUGAAGAUGGGCCUCUCGUUCGAAACGCCCGAGGCGCUAUACGAGAACGGUAACCAUCGCUCGAUAGCGUAUAUGCGGCCGCUCGCCAUAUGGGCGAUGUACCAGGCGCUGACUACGCGCCCGCCGCCCGCUGCCAACGGCCAGGUCGCCCGCGAACCGUUAUAGCUAGACACGCCUCUGUUCAAACAGGUCAAGUAUAAACUACUGAGUUAUAUCACCAGGUGACGUAGGGACUGACUUUGGUCACGUGUUAAACAGUUUUUAUUAUAUUAUAAUGAAACUGCGCAACUGUUUAUUUACUAGAAAAAAAGUAUCCAUGUCAUGUAUACUUUACAAUGUAAUAUCAGUUUCAUGUGGGUAUGGCAAAAAUAACAACUGAUAACUGAUGACGUAUCGAAGUUGUACCGAUUUUGACACAAACAUGACUAACGAGUAGACCGACUUAGAAGAGAUCUCAAAAGAACAUCGAACCUUAUCGGCAUACCUGUCGUAUUUUGGUCGAUUGGCGUAUGUUUCAUAUAGUCGGGGCAAUUUAAUAUGCCACAUUUGACAGUUCAACAAAAUUGAGCCUGGUAGCCUUGUAACGACGCCAUAAAAAAAUAAAUAUUUUGUCAUUGUUAUUACUGCACAA